UCUUCGCAGAGACACGCGGCUGGCGACUGCGGGAGCAGAGGCUAAAAUCCCCAGACGCCGGGUUUUCUGGGCUGGGCUUUCCCCGCCUUCCUGUUCAGUCUUAUUCGCUCUUCUCCUGCCUUCUGGAUUUUUACCCAGGGCUCAGGAAACUGCUUCACCUGCAGCAAUAAAGCUCACGUCCAUUGCAGGAAGUGCGCACCGUCUGGUAUGGCAGACUUUUCUCCCCAGCAAAACUGAAGGACACUUCUCCUAUCUCUGAAGAUUCUGUGGACUCAUGAUGAAACAAGAGAUUGUCUUCUCAAUACUGAAGCAAGUGGGACCCGAAGCAGGGCUCACACUUAGGAGCCAAUGAGUUCCCAAAAAGAAAUCAGCACCCUGGUUGCAUCAGAUCUUGGGGACAUAUUCAAGAGUCCACUUAGAGCUGGGAUUAUUCAAAUCAAAACAGCAAGGCAAGGAAAAAGAAUCAUCUCCAUUGAGAUUUCUGCUUCUGUGAAGAGUCCAAGGAACACAGGGGCUUUCCAGGGCAAUUGUUUUCCCUUAAUCACAGCAGCGGAGGAGCAGUCAUUUCCCACUAAUGAAAACAGUGGCUUAUCCCUGCACUGCGCUUUGUAGACAAAUAGAGUACUUUCGCCAAAGCCAUUCAUCUCAGCAUCUUGUCCUCACAGACACUCAUUGAGGGAAGCAGAGCACUUUAACAAAAAAAAAAAAAAAAAAAAAUGAAGGCUCAGAAAAAGAAGGAAACAAGUCAAAAUUAACAUGGCUGGUGACUAUAGAAAACAUUCCCUUGUCCUGUCUAUAGUUUACAACCUGCCAGUUAACACAGGUCAUUUAGUGGCCAUCCAAGUCGCUAAGUCCAUCACCCCCAAGUCUAGGACCUCCCCAGAGAUGCAAACUCAGCUUGCAUCUCACUCCAUCCCUGCAUAGAGUCUCCCACGAGCUCGCUGACUCUGCCAUUUACUCAAACUGCUGCAAGAGGAGAAGAAACAAAAAAGAGGAGACAAAAGCAUCACUGCGGCAGCUGGCUGUCCUUCCCAGAGGAUCCCUUCUUGCAAGCACUCUUCACUCAAGAACUGCAGAAGGGAAGUGGUGUUUGUCGGGAGCCUCUGGUACAUUGCCUGUAGCAAGAAACAGGGGCCAACAUGCAGGAAAACAUGACAUCUGUCCUUGCUUUCAUCCUACUUUUUCUCAACAUCAGCCUUCUGAAUGGACAGUCACCACCUGGAAAACCUGAGAUCCACAAAUGCCGGUCUCCCGACAAGGAAACAUUCACCUGCUGGUGGAAUCCCGGGACAGAUGGAGGACUUCCUACCAACUACUCGCUGACUUACAGCAAAGAAGGAGAGAAAACUACCCAUGAAUGUCCAGACUACAAAACCAGUGGCCCCAACUCCUGUUUCUUUAGCAAGCAGUAUACUUCCAUAUGGAAAAUAUACGUCAUCACGGUAAAUGCUACCAACGAAAUGGGAAGCAGUGCAUCAGACCCACUUUAUGUGGAUGUGACUUACAUAGUUGAGCCAGAGCCUCCUCGGAACCUGACUUUAGAAGUGAAACAGCUGAAAGAUAAGAAGACGUAUCUGUGGAUAAAAUGGUCCCCACCCAACAUAACUGAUGUGAAAACUGGUUGGUUUACAAUGGAAUAUGAAAUUCGAUUGAAGUCUGAAGGAGCAGAUGAGUGGGAGAACCAUUUUACAGGGCAGCAAACGCACUUUAAGGUUUUUGACUUAUAUCCAGGACAAAAAUACUUUGUCCAGACUCGCUGCAAGCCAGACCAUGGAUACUGGAGUAGGUGGGGCCAAGAGAAUUCCAUUGAAAUACCCAGUGACUUCACCCUAAAAGAUACAACCGUGUGGAUCAUUGUGGCCAUUCUCUCUGCUGUCGUCUGUUUGAUUACGGUCUGGGCAGUAGCUUUGAAAGGCUAUAGCAUGAUGACCUGCAUCUUUCCACCAGUUCCCGGGCCAAAAAUAAAAGGAUUUGAUACUCAUCUGCUGGAGAAGGGCAAGUCUGAAGAACUCCUGAGUGCCUUAGGAUGCCAAGACUUCCCCCCCACUUCUGACUCUGAGGACUUGCUGGUGGAGUUCUUAGAGGUGGAUGACAAUGAGGACGAACAGCUAAUGCCCUCCCGUUCCAAAGAGUACCCAGGCCAAGGUGGGAAACCCACGCAUCUAGACCCCGACAGUGACUCGGGUCACGGAAGCUAUGACAGCCAUUCUCUUCUGUCUGAAAAGUGUGAGGAGCCCCAGGCCUACCCACCUACUUUCCACAUUCCUGAGAUCAUUGAGAAGCCAGAGAAUCCUGAAGCAAAUAUCCCUCCCGCCCAGGACCACCAAAGCAGCGUCCCCUAUUUUCACGCAGAUGUAUCCAAAUCUUCAACAUGGCCUUUGCUGCCAGGCCAACACAUGACCAGGUCUCCUUAUCACAGCACUGCUGACGUGUGCAAGCUCGCUGGAGGUCCUGUAGACACGCUCGCCUCUUUCCUGGACCAAGCAGGAAAACAUCUUCUAAAAUUCUCUAAAACCCUUGAGACUGAAGAGGAAGAAGAGGUGGCGGAGCACGAGGAGAUGAAAAGCUUCCGUUCUAAAACUAAACAAAACGCAUCAUGGCCCCUGCUCCAGGAGAAAGGCUCCAUUGUCUACGCUAAACCCCCAGAUUAUGUGGAGAUUCACAAAGUCAACAAAGAUGGAGUACUAUCGUUGUUCCCCAAACAGAAAGGAAACAACCAGAUGGAGAAGCCCGGGGUUCCUGAAACCAGCAAGGAGUACGCCAAGGUGUCUGGGGUUGUGGAUGACAACAUCCUGGUGUUAGUGCCAGAUUCACGAGCUCAGAACACAGCUUUGUGUGGGGAUUCAGCCAAGAAGGCUCCACCAUCGCUCGAACAGAAUCAGUCUGAGAAAGAUCUGGCCAGCUUGGCUGCAACCUCAAGCAACUUCAGACUCCAACUGGGCAGGUUGGAUUACCUGGAUCCUACAUGCUUCAUGCACUCCUUUCACUGAUAGCUAGACUCGUGGAACGAUUGGCUAAAAUGUGAUUUCUCUUCAGGUAACACUACAGAGUCAUGGAACAGCGUGGUCUGCUAGCAGAUGUUUCAGGAUGUGGGUAAAAUAACACACUACUUCACUCCUUUACAUGCUCCCAUUUCAGCACCUUCCUCCCCUCAGCAGCUGGUUUCCAGAACAAUCGAUCGUGUAUGCUGUGAUUCACAGACUUGCUCUUUGCUAUUAGUAAUAUAUAUGUACAUAUAUAUGCGUAC